AUGAAGCUUGUUCACUGUGCUUCGAUGGCUGCUACCUUGGUGCUUGCCGCUGGGGAGCGUGCACCAUCGCGUUCAUAUGCACCACCUCCACCUUACUACCCAACAUACGUAAGCUUCUCGGACAGUGUACCGUUCUCGUCAGGCACCAGCGUAUCUCCCUCGACAGGUGUCCCGUUAUCCACUGGUGUAACGAGCUCUACUCCUGUUGCCAAUACCACCUCGAGCGAGGUUGUUGUUUCGACCAGCGUUGUCUUUAUCACGACUGUUGUUGGGCCAAGUACUACACCAGCUGGGCCGGACACUUCGAGCGAUGUCGACGUCUCUACUAGUGUUGGUGUGAUCACAUCGACAGUGGAGCCGAUCACUACCUCAAGCGUGUUUGGCAAUUCUAGCACAAGCUCAGAUCCUUCAACCGACACGUACACGGACGGCACCGCGACCAGCUGGCCAGUCUCCACAUAUACUCCCUCCAGUCUGCCGCUAUCAACAGGCACAUCAUCGUCCGGAACUGAUGUCUGGCCUUCAUACCCAGUCCAGCCGACUGCACCAUAUGCCAACAAGACGAUUACAGUGACCUUGUCAUUGGGCACAGGCACUUCUGCAACGAUUACUUCGACGGGCGUUUUCCUCUCCACAUAUACACCUUCCACUCUACCACUAUCAACAGGCACCACGUUAUCCGGAACUGAUUCGUGGACCUCCUACCCGGUUUCCCAGACUGCACCAUACGCCAAUAAGACGAGCACAUUUACCUCGUCACCGGGCACAGGCACGAGCCCCGUACCAAUCGAAUCCACUUUGACCUUAACUGCUACCGGACCAACUGAUGUGAACUCAACUUCCUCGACUUCCGUUCCUGUAAUUCCGACUUCAUACAGCAAUACUUCUACACCCAUCCAAUCGACUGUUGGUCCGCCAUCCAAUUACACAUCCCCUGCCACGACAUCUGGAUACUCUGGUCCGCCUCCGGCUAAUUCGACCUCGGAUACUUCGAUUAUACCUAGUACCAUUAUAGACACUUUGACGCCUACUCCUACACCUUCAAGCACGACUGAGGAUGUAUCGUACACGCCCACACCUUCUAGUUCUACUGAGGAUGUGUCGUAUACGCCCACCCCUGUCCUCAGUACAGUGGUGGUGACCGUGACUAUUCCCGUCGUACCGUCGGUCACGUCCAGUGCUUCUCUAUCUGAGUCUUCUGCAUCAAGUACUACCGAUGACACAUCCUACUCUUCGGCUUUGAAUGUGACGUGGUCCGUGCCUGACCCUCCAUCUACGACUACUUGGUCUCUGCCUGAGCAACCGUCUACAAGCACUACUGAUGCUGUCUCUUACUCUGUCAGCAGCACCUUCUCCUUACCUGAGCCAUCAUCGAGCGAUUCUUCUUCAUCGGUGUACACCCCUUCACCGAGCACGUCAUCUUCCCCGACGACUUCCUCAGAAACUCCUGCCCCAAGCUCUGCAGAUACCAUAAGUUACUCUUUUUUUUCAACCACCACCACGAAAAUAGACUCCAGUAGCUCAAUCGACUCUUCCAGGUCGUCAGAAACUUCGGUAUUCCUCUCUACGGUAACACUUUCUGCAACAUCAGAUGAGCCAACGGCUUCAAGCUCAACGGACGCCACGGGAUAUUCUUCGAGCAGCACGAGAGUCAAUCCUUCAAAGACUCCUUGGUUGAGUACUAGGUCUUCUUACACUCCCACUCCCACUGGUGUCCAGUCGACUGUUGUUUCCAUCCCUUCGAUCCUCCCACCCUCCCCAACAUCCGCAACAGAUACAGACGCAACAUCCGUCUCCUUACCCGUGUCUACAGUCACCCCAUCUCCUCAACCCAGCUACCCUCCCUCCUCCUCGUCCCCCUCAACAUCCCCCGCUACCACCUACACCGACGCCACGUCCUUCAGCCAGGACCCCAACCCUCCCAGCUCUUCCAGCUCCGGCUACCCGCCGCGCUCGUCGCCCUCCGAGUUCGCAUCGACAUACACGGACGCCACGUCUUUCAGCUGGGAUCCUAACCCGCCUAGCUCGACGUUCGAGACGAGCUUCAGUGUGACGAGUAGCGCGUCUGUUGAGACAUCGAGUUCUACGGCGACCACAUCGGGUGGGUAUGCGGUGCCGACAUAUGCGGGGAACAGGGACAAUAAGAGGGGAUUGGUGAGCGAAUGA